AUGCUCUCUCCCAUGAAAUCCUUCGGCAACAGUCCAUCGCCUCACUCGCCUCGCACAGCGGUUCCUCUGCGGGGUCUCUUCCUCGAUGGCGUCUGGCGCUGUAACUGUCCAGAGCGUCCCCCAGCCGUGAAAUUCCAGACCAAGAACCACGGUGUAAACCAUGGACGAUGGUUCUACGUCUGCCAAAAGCCCCAAGAGAAACGCUGUCGCUUCUUUCUCUGGGCCAGCGACGCCGAAGUUCGCGAGAAGCACGCCGUCUUGACGAACUCUCGCACUGAACCUGCCACGGAUUCCUUCUCCUCUACUGCCACCACUGCCACGAUUUCCGCCCCCGAGACACCCUCCAAGAAACCACGCCUAUCUGAAACGGGCCUUCUAACUCCGCAGACUGAUCAUACGGUAAGAUUCGGAGGUAUGGGCUUGGACAAUAGUGGAGCAAGAGGGAAGGGAGGACGGUUGAGUGCGACUAUGCCUCCUCAAAGCGCCAAAGCGCGCAUGAUGGCUGAAGAUUUUGAUGAAUUUGAAUGGGAGGAUUCGGAUGAUGCGGUGGUGGAGAAUAUACUGAGUUCUCAGGAACACAGGCAGCAACAGGCUGCUGCUGCUGCUGCUGCGCCAAUGCGACAGCCGAAUUUCGGACCUCCAAAGACGCCGUCCCGAGACGCAGUUGGGGCUUAUGCGCCGGGGAAGAGAAAGUUCGAUGAUAUAUCAGAGGGCUCAAAGACGGAGGUCUUUACACCGACGUCGUUGGCUAGAUCUUUUACGGAUCAGGCGGUGUCGUUCUCGUCUUCUGUGCCGCCGUCGUCGUUAGAGUUCUCGAAGACGCCUGCGCCGGUGAGGUUUGGGGCUAGUCCGGCUACAGGUGGAGAUAAGGCUUCAUCUGAACUGACUGCGCAAGCUGCUGAGAUCCUGGAAAGGAAUAAGGUGGUGAUGUCGGAGAAAGCGAAGGGUGAGUUGAUGGAUCUCUUGCAGAAGCAUGACUUGAAGAUGAAGGGGAUUGUCCGGGGACGGGACAUUUCCAGGAUUGCGUUGAAGAAGAAGGACGAUCAAAUCAAGGCAUUGAAUGAGCGAGUAGCAAUGCUGGAAAGGAGGUGA